CUUUUCACUCCAAGUUCCAAACCAUCUCAACAUCCAUUCCCUUUUCUUUAAUCACAAUCAAUCUCCUUUCUCAAAACCCAAUUUUCUCCCCUAAUAUUCCUUCUCAAAACCCAUCUCUCUAAAUCAAAGAUCAUGUACAAUUUUGGAGAUGAACUCACUUUAGAAACCUACAGGGUCCCCUGGCUUAUAUGGAUCCAGGUGAUAGUGAUGGUCCUCCUCCUCCUCCUACUCUACUGCUUCAGCAUGUUAGUCUUGGACCUCCCAGAUGACAACACCAAGCCUUCGUCUUCCAGCACUCGUUUGGUUUCCAGUCACAACUUCACCACCACAGUUUCUACAAACCGUUUGCAGAGUACCCAGGUAGGAGAAAGUAUGAAAGGCGAGAUAAUAUCGAGCACCAGUAGAGUAAUGAGAGCAGAGGACAUGGUCGAAAUGGAGGGCUCACCAACACCCAUCAUAUACCUCCACCCAUGCUAUUAUUUUAGACUUGCGAGGCUUGCAUUUCUCAAGUGUCUGGGUUUGGAUCCUAGUGGUGAAAGUUUAUCAACCCCGCAGAGAGGGAAGAGAAAAGAAAGCUGACAUGAAUUCCACUCCCACGAAAUAGAGAUUAGCGUUUUCGGAUUUAAUGUUGCAAGGAGAGGAAGAGAUGUAUGUUAUGUUGUCCCAUGAACUUGAAGCAAAGCUUGCCAACAAGAACUGGUAUAGACCUACAAAUACCAAUUGUGAAGGUUGUGGAAGGAGAAAGUGUAGGAGCCUAGGAGGCAUUACAGAUCCAAAGCCAAUCGACAUUCAACGGCAGAAUUUAUUGAUUCACUCAAUUGUAAGCAUACCACAUUGAUUGUAAAUGGUAUUUGAGUAAUUGUAGGACCAUUGUUUGGCUGUA